UUGACAGUCGGGUCCAGUUCCGUCAAAAUAUUCCUUCUCGCGUUCUACUUUGUAUUUUUCUCUAAUUUUCACCCUUCUUCUCAGGUAGAAAUCUGUUAAAUCUACCUGCAAUCACUGAGUAAUGUGGUGAAGUACAUUGUGCAAUAGGAGAGAGCAGCUUUUGAGCCGCCACAUCAGGGAUAUUAGGUGAAAUUUUCAUCAUCGCCCAACUUAGACUUUAUUAAUCUGUAGUGAAAUUGCGUGGCGAAAUGGAUUCUGAAGGACACAAUUUGGAAGCGCCGACAAACUUCCGGAACGUCAUGGCUCCGGACAGUCCAAUCAACGGACGGAUAAGCACACACAUGGGGCGCGUUCCCACAUCACUGCCACCACCGCUGCCGCCUCGCCUGCAGCCACAGAGCCAGGGAUUCGCGUCGUCCUUCAGCUCACCUUUCGGCGGUUACCAGAACAUGUACGGCUACGGCGCAGGAUCGAGUUUCGGGGGCUUCGGUGGGUAUGGGGGCAUGGGUGGGUACGGCAGCUAUGGGGCAUACGGAGCAGGACUGGGUGCAGGCGGAUAUGGUCGCUACGGUGGCUAUCAUGGCUACAAUCUCGACGCGGAGAACCGCUUCAUUCAGAUGGCAGAGGAGACGUCCAGGCCGGCGCUGCAGAGCAUUGAGAAUCUCGUGGCGGCGUUUGGGAACAUCGCCUCGAUGCUGGACUCCACAUUCUUCGCCAUCAACAGCUCCUUCAGGGCCAUCCUGGGCGUCACGGCGAACGUGGGCAAGCUGAGAUCGCUCUUCGCUCAAUUCGUCUCCACAUUCACUCUAUUCCGCGGACUGACGUGGCUCUGGAGGAAGAUUCUCUACACAUUCGGCGUAUCGAAGAUUCCACCGAAUGCCGCGAGUUUUGGUGCUGCUUUUGAGGCUGCUUCUGCACAGCUGGAGAAUCCGUCGCAUGGAGAAAAGUCCAGCAGUGGAAAGACCAGUGCCUGGCCUGUUCUUCUCUUCCUGGGCUUCAUACUUUCGGCGCCGUAUUUUAUUAUGAAAUUCCUUGGAGUUGCCUCGACGACGUCCAUCGAAGAGAGUAAAAAUCCACAGCAAUGGACAAACUACAUUCCCACGCGAGUGUUGUAUGACUUUGAGGCCACGAGUCCUCAGGAAUUGUCCAUCCAGACUGGCCAAGUGAUUCGCGUGGCGCCCAAAGAUGUCCAAAACCUGCACUCGCUGAUGAACACAGGCUGGGCGCUGGCCUCUGUGGAUGGUUUCAGAUCGGGUCUGGUGCCCAUCAACUAUCUCUCGCGCCCGGGAGAGGCUCCGCCCCAGCCGGGCGCAGUGUAGGGCCCGCAGGGCAGCGCACACACACACUUAUUUUAUCUGGGAGGGUGACUAAAUGGCAGAAGCGUGUUUGUAAAUACAACUUCAAGUGAAA